AUGUCAAUUCUGUGUCGGGUUGCUGUCGCCGGCGACGACGCGUCAGCUUCCUACUGCAGCGACGACAAGUAUUUCAAGGGCGACCACGAUCUGAAGGCGAGCAUCAAGGCGGUGCUGGGCGGGUUGCUCGAGAAAACGACGGCUUCGGCGGACUCCGACAUCGAGUCCAAAAUGCAACAUCCGGCCGACAAUCCGCGGGUCUACGGCGCCGCCUUCUGCGAGAAGUCUCCGGCAGAGUCUUGCGCGCACUGUCUCAGGGUGGCCAAAAAACAGCUGCUUCGUGGGUGCGACCACACCGCCGGUGCCGAAUUCUACUCCGAGCUCUGUUACUUGAGAUUCGAGAUCUACAACUUCCUCAAUUAA